AUGGAGAUUAUUAUGCCUGUUGGCGGUUCUGGUUACAACUUUAACAACAAUCUUUAUUCAAGUCAGGCUAUAACAGAACAUAAUUCAUCAAGUACAACUGAUUCCAACAGCUCUGCUUUUGAUUUCAACAACUACAGCAUUAGCUACCCAAGCAGCAGUAGCUCCCAUUCACAAAUCCACCAAGCAGAUCACCAGCGAUUGGGUCAAAGCACUUCAAUGCCAAACCAAUCAAACAGAUCAAAAGAAAAUUUGGACUAUCCAACUAAUGAACAGACCAAUAGCAAUUUCACUAGUUCAGUUCAGUUCAAUCAACCAAGAUCAGGGCCUUUGAGCAAUUCUCAGGUGGAAUACUCUUCUUACAACUUUCAAUUUCCUUCAAACUCUUAUCAAUCCAAUGAUUAUUCAAAUUAUAGUCAACAACAGCAACAGCAACAGCAACAACACUACCAACAGCCAAGUCAACCACUUCGUUCACCGUUACCUCCAGCUCAAUAUUCCCAGGUUCAAACACCUACAAAUGUUCUUCCACAAAACCAGUACAAUUCAAACUUUCUAUACAGCUCUUCACACGAUCAAGAAAGUUCCAAUGAUCAUCCUCCAUUAUAUCCACCUCGCAACUAUCAACAACAACAUCAAACAUCAUAUUUCCCCCAAUAUUCUGAAAAGUCAAAAUCCUUCACAUUUAAUGAUCCGUUUGCAAACAGAAGUCGCCCUGAUGGGAAAUUGGAAGAAUUCACCGAUGAUGAUGUGCAAAUUCUUAAAUCAUUGUUAUUCAAUGGUGAAAAGAUUAAGUGGAAAUAUGUCUCAAGUAAGUUGGCCAAUGUCACUGGGAGAAGAGCAACUUCAAGUGCUUGUUCCAAAAAGACUAGAGAGUUGUUCCGUUUACCUUCUGAAAAAGAUUGUGGUGAUUUAGGUACAAGUUUACCUUAUGUUAUUCAUAACUCAUGGAAAUCUUUAGAAAAAGCAUAG